AUGAGUGUACUGAAGGCGCGAAAAUGGAUAUUAAACGGGACAACGGCGAGCACUUCGAAAUCGAUUGCUCAUACGAUGCUCAUUGAGAAUGGUUUCAUUUUACCUUCAAGCAAAGGAUUUUACAGUCUUUUACCUCUUGGGCAACGGGUAAUUGACAAACUUUGCCGGAUAUUGAACCAUGAAUUCCAAAGGGCUGGAGCUAUGAAGGUUUCGAUGCCGAUAGUUGGCACGAAAUCGCUUUGGGACAAAUCCGGACGAUGGGAGGCCAUGGGUGCGGAGCUCAUGCAGCUCCAAGAUCGAGCCAACAAUCAUUUAUGUCUGCAACCAACUGCUGAAGAAAUGUGCACCGAAGUUGUUGGAAAUCUGUCGCCAUUCAAAAAACACAUGUUUCCGUUGAUGUUGUAUCAGAUUGGCGAGAAAUUCCGCGAUGAGAUGAAUCCGAGAUUUGGUUUGAUGAGAGCUCGUCAAUUUUUGAUGAAGGAUUUGUAUUCAUUUGACGUUGAUCAGGAACAUGCACAGAAGACGUACGCAAAAAUUUGCAAAAUUUAUGAUAGGAUAUUCAAGGAAAUUUUAGAAUUAGAUGUUAUAAAAGUUGAAGCCGAUUCCGGAGUUCACGGAGGAAUUUUAUCACAUGAAUAUCACUUGAAGAGCCGGUUGGAAGAAGAUUUUGUUGAUAAAUGCACAAGUUGUCAACGAUUUACGAAAGCAAAUCCGCCUUGUACGUGCGGAAAAUCGGAAUUCGAAAGAUUAAACACGGUGGAAGUUGGGCACACAUUCCAUUUGGGAACAAAAUAUGCAAAAGCUUUCGGAGCAAAAUUCACUGGAAAACCAUUAGACAUGUGUUGCUUCGGAAUCGGAGUUUCUCGACUACUUCCCGCUUUAAUCGAUGAGCUAUCAAUAUCUGAAAAAGCAAUUCGACUACCACGAGCGGUUUCUCCAUUCGAUAUUGUUAUUAUUCCUAAAAAGGCAAUGAUGUCGAAUGUAAUUGUUGAAAUGACAGUCUCCUCAGCUGCGCGAUACUUAAAAGGCGGAAUUCUUCUUGAUGAUCGAGUGGAUUUGUCGCCCGGUAAACGAUUGCAUGAUGCGAAUCGAUUAGGAAUCCCGUAUAUAGUAGUGCUCGCGAAUGAGACUGAACGAUCGUUGGUUACAAUGAAACCGCUUGUUGAAGUCUUCGCGACGAAACCAAAAUCUGAUGAAUUAAUUUCACACGGUGCAAUGCCUCUUGAAAAAUUUGUGACGUUCAUCCAAUCGGCGUCGAUGCCUCAAGAAUCCGCAAUACCGGUAUUCUCGCAAUGA